UGUGUUUGGGGGGGAGGGGGGUGCGCCAGGAUCGCUUAAGCCUUGGAGGUUACGGAUCGGGGAAGGAGGAGCCACCACCGCCUCCACCACCUCCCACCGGAGGGGGUGGGAAGGAAAGCUCAACUCGCCGUGGGCCAUGAGCCUCCGGGCCCCAGGAGCUCCGCUGCGGUCCGGGCAGCGCUCCUCCGGCGCCCCGGCCCGUGUGGCCACUGCUACUGCUGCUGCUGCUGCUGCUGCUGCUGCUACGCGCCUGUAGCCGCAGAGGGCUGCGAUGGGCCGGGAGCCAUGAAUGGUGCCACCGCGGGCCCCGCCGCCUCGGCCCCGGUCCCGGACUGGCGGCAGUUCUGCGAGGUGCACGCGCACGUGGCCGCCGUGGACUUCGCGCACAAGUUCUGCCGCUUCGUGCGUGACAACCCGGCCUACGACACGCCGGACGCCGGGGCCUCCUUCUCCCGCCACUUCGCCGCCAGCUUCCUGGACGUCUUCGGCGAGGAGGUGCGUCGCGUGCUGGUGGCGGCGACGCCCAGGACCGCGACGUCGGGCGCGGGCGCCAUGGAGCCCGCGGGCAGCGCGGCGGCGACCACGGCCACGACCGCGACGGCGGCGGCGCUCAAGGCCGCGGCCCACGGCCACUCGCGGAGCUCCGAGGACGUGUCGCGCGUGGCCGCCGCCAAGGCCCGCGUCCGCAAGGGCUUCUCGCUGCGCAACAUGAGCCUGUGCGUGGUGGACGGCGUGCGCGACCUGUGGCACCGGCGCGCGUCCCCGGAGCCCGACGCCUCGGCCUCGGCCUCGGCCUCCGCCCCGCGCGCCGCCGCCGCCGACCACCCCGCGGAGCCUCGCGACAAGUGGACGCGGCGCCUGCGGCUGUCCAGGACUCUGGCCGCCAAGGUGGAGCUGCUGGACAUCCAGCGCGAGGGCGCGCUGCGCUUCAUGGUGGCCGACGACGCGGCCGCCACGGGCCCCGGGGGCGCCGCCCAGUGGCAGAAGUGCCGCCUGCUGCUGCGGAGGGCCGUGGCCGGAGAGCGCUUCCGCCUGGAGUUCUUCGUGCCGCCCAAGGCCUCCAGGCCCAAGGUCAGCAUACCCCUGUCAGCCAUUAUUGAGGUCCGAACCACCAUGCCCUUGGAGAUGCCGGAGAAGGACAACACGUUUGUACUCAAGGUGGAGAAUGGAGCUGAGUACAUCCUGGAGACCAUUGACUCCCUGCAGAAGCACUCAUGGGUGGCUGACAUCCAGGGAUGCGUGGACCCUGGUGACAGCGAGGAAGACACAGAGCUGUCCUGCUCCCGAGGAGGCUGUCUGGCCAGCCGUGUGGCCUCCUGCAGCUGUGAGCUCCUGACAGAAGUAGACCUACCCAGGCCCCCAGAGACACCUGCAGCCGUGAGCGCUGUGGUGACGGCACCACACAGCCGGGCUCGUGAUGCCGUAGGAGAGUCCCUGGCUCACGUCCCUCUAGAGACCUUCCUGCAGAGCCUGGAGUGUCCAGGCAGCAGCAGCAGUGACAGCAAUAAUGCAGGGGAGGAAGGAGCAGAGCCAGAUGCCGAGGCUGAAGCCCAGCUAGAGCUCUCUGACUACCCCUGGUUCCACGGAACACUGUCCCGGGUGAAGGCUGCUCAACUGGUGCUGGCCGGUGGACCCCGGAGCCAUGGCCUGUUUGUCAUCCGCCAAAGUGAGACUCGGCCUGGGGAGUACGUGCUGACCUUCAACUUCCAGGGCAAGGCCAAGCACCUGCGCCUGUCCCUGAACGGCCACGGCCAGUGCCACGUGCAACACCUGUGGUUCCAGUCUGUGUUUGACAUGCUCCGCCACUUCCACACGCACCCCAUCCCUCUGGAGUCGGGCGGCUCCGCUGACAUUACCCUGAAGAGCUACGUGCGGGCGCAGGGCCCUCCACCAGACCCCGGGCCGUCGCCCAGCGCCGCUCCCCCGGCGCCCGCUUGCUGGGCCGAGCCGGCCGGCCAGCAUUACUUCUCCAGCCUAGCCGCAGCCUCCUGCCCGCCGCCGUCGCCCUCCGAGGGUGCCGGAGCCUCGUCCUCGUCCACGUCCACGUCCACGUCCUCGUCGUCCGCCGCGUCCGGGCCGGGACCCCCGCGCGUGGCCGAGGGCCCGCUGAGCGCGCGCAGCCGCAGCAACAGCGCCGAGCGCCUGCUGGAGGCCGCGGCCGGGGCCGGCGACGAGCCCGCGGAGGCGACGCCGGGCCGCGCGCGCGCCGUCGAGAACCAGUACUCCUUCUACUAG